AUGAAGGGAUCAAGUUCAAAAGAAGAUGUAACAAGUAAUGACACCAAGAUUUAUAUCAAAGAAAUAAAAGAUGCAUUUAAAGAUGACAAGAAUAAGUUCAAUGAGUUUUUAAAGACUAUGAAAGAUAUCAAGAAAAAAAGAGGUAACAUAGUGUGCAUGCUGGCAAAAGUAAAGGAAUUGUUUGAAGGGCAUAGAGAAUUGUUACUGAAAUUUAAUACCUAUUUGCCAAAUGAAUUUGAGAUUACAUUUCCACCAGAGAAGCCAGAAAUAAAUAUAGAAUAUGCUAAGAAAUAUUUAAGCAAGGUGAAGACUCGAUUUCAAGAUGAUCCUGACAUUUACCGGUCAUUUAUAGCUAUAAUGAAUAUGUAUAGAAACAAAAAAAGGAGUGGUGAAGAGGUUCAACAAAUGGUGUUUUCACUUUUUAAAGACCAUCCUGAUCUUGUUGAUGGAUUUAUUGAGUUUCUUCCGUGA